AUGUUGCCGCCAGAUGGGUACGCCACCGUGCUGGCUCGGUACCCCUGCCCAAUUGAGCGCUGGGUGGGUAUCCCGCGGGACAUCUCAAUGCCCGUUCGCCCAAUGCUGCUGCCUGGUGGGUACGCCGCCGUGCCGGCUGGGUACCCCUGCCCAUCCAGCGCCAGGUGUGUUGGGCGCGGGCUUCUGCAGCCACUGGCCGCGGCGGGCGUUUACCUGCCGCCAUUCUGCACCCGCUGGAGCGGUAUCGUCAACAUCCUGGCGGAGAUGAGGGAGCUCAGCAUCCCCAGAGACUCCAUGACGUACGGCGCGUCCAUCUUCGCGCAGGCGAGAGGCCACCAGUGGGAGUCCGCGUUGUGCACUUUCGAGGAGAUGAAGCAGCUGUCCUUCGACCGGGCUGGGGUCAGGCCGGAAUGUUCGACGUACCACCAGGUCUUCGCCGCGUGCAACGUCGAGGGGAAUUGGGCCCGAGCAUUGACUCUCUGGUUUGAAAUGCAGGAUGCGCAAAUUGCGCCGACCUUCGAGACCUACACGGCGCUUCUGCGGGUGGCCGAGACUUGCCAGCGGUGGGAGUGGUCCCGGCAGCUGCUGGACACCCUGAACCUCCAGGGCGCCCCGAGAAACACGGAGAUGUACAACGCUGCCAUCAACGCGUGCCGCCGCGGCAAGAGGUGGGACCUCGCCCUGCAGCUGCUGAGGGAGAUGCAGGACUCCGAUGUGCCGCGGGACGUGUCGACGUACUCUUACCUCACCGACCUGUUCGAGAAGGUGGGGCGGCUCGACGACGCCAAGGCCCUCAUGUCGCUGGAGAACUACGGGGCGCAGGGAGCACAGUGA